GCACGUACCCCCCUCAUAUGAUGCGCGCCCCCGAGGUUCAACACAGACAGGCUGCAGACUGUCGUGAAGUGAGCGAGGACCAGGACUGAAGCGAGCGCGUGAUGGUCGGCCUUCAAAAUAAAGUGACCGGAAGCAGCACCGUCUCUAUUCUGUUUGACUUGACUCUGGCUGAAGCUGCCCUUCACAACAUUACCUCCGUGGUCCAUCCAUGAAAUAAUGAUCCCGGAGCAGCAGCAGCAGCAGCAGCAGCGACAGCAGCGGCGGCCGCAGCCUGGGCCCGGAGCACCGACUCCUUGCUCUGUCGGUGAGCCAUGAGCAUGCAACCUCUCCGGCCUCCUCGUCCCAGCCUCACCGACUCUCGUUCACCACCAGCAAGAUGUAUUUCAACCGGAGAGCCAAGAAGAUACACAGCGAGGGAGAGCAGUUAGUGUUGACCACCAUUAGGCAGGAGGCUUCUGAACCGCAGGACCCAGGCCAAGGCCAAGGCGCCGGCGCUACCAUGCGUGCCUGCCUCACAGACAGGUUUGACAAAACCUCGCCUCUCUCCCAUCAAUCCAACGGUGCAGGACCUGCUUGCUCGUCCGCCGGUUACCGCAAGGCAGAUGAUGAGAUGUCCGGGACCACUUCCCAGGCGGAUCCCAUAGACGCCACGGCGCGGACGGUGCUGCUGAACCGGCCACAGAAUACCAAGUUCUGCGACAACCAUGUCAGUACCACCAAGUAUGGGGUGCUCACCUUUCUGCCCCGGUUCCUGUAUGAGCAGAUCAGGCGCGCUGCCAACGCCUUCUUCCUGUUCAUCGCACUCAUGCAGCAAAUCCCUGAUGUAUCACCGACCGGUCGCUACACAACGCUGGUCCCGCUCAUCUUCAUCCUCACAGUGGCCGGGAUCAAAGAGAUCAUAGAGGACUAUAAAAGACACAAAGCAGACAACACCGUAAACAAGAAGAAGACAACAGUGCUGCGGAACGGAGCCUGGCAGACGGUCAUCUGGAAACAGGUGGCAGUAGGCGACAUAGUGAAGGUGACGAAUGGCCAGCACCUUCCAGCUGACAUGGUUAUUGUGUCCUCCAGCGAGCCACAGGCCAUGUGCUACACUGAGACCUCCAACCUGGAUGGAGAAACCAACCUGAAGAUCAGACAGGGUCUCCCACUCACAGCUGCUGCUCAGACGCUAGAGGAUUUGAUUGCACUGUCUGGUCGGUUGGAGUGCGAAGGCCCUAACAGACACCUGUAUGACUUCACCGGCACUCUGCGGCUGGAGAACCUGAAUCCUGCUCCCCUGGGUCCAGACCAGGUGUUGCUGCGAGGAGCCCAGCUCAGAAACACACAGUGGGUUGUGGGAAUAGUUGUCUACACUGGCCAUGACUCCAAACUGAUGCAGAACUCCACCAAGGCACCACUGAAGCGCUCUAAUGUGGAGCGAGUGACCAACAUGCAGAUCCUGGUCUUGUUUGGCAUCCUGCUGGUCAUGGCACUGAUCAGCUCCGUGGGCGCUGCCAUCUGGAACAGAGAACACACUGAAGACGCGUGCUGGUACCUGUCCCGAGCUGGUGACAUCUCCACUAACUUUGCAUAUAACCUGUUGACGUUCAUCAUCCUGUACAACAACCUAAUCCCCAUCAGCCUGCUGGUCACUCUGGAGGUGGUCAAGUUCACACAGGCCCUCUUCAUCAACUGGGACGUUGAGAUGUACUACGCUGAGACAGACACACCGGCCAUGGCUCGAACGUCCAAUCUUAAUGAAGAACUGGGCCAGGUGAAGUAUCUCUUUUCCGACAAGACGGGAACUCUGACCUGUAACGUCAUGCACUUUAAGAAGUGUACUAUCGCAGGAAUCACAUACGGACACUUCCCUGAUCUUGACUGCGAUCGUUCAAUGGAGGACUUCAGCAAUCUGCCGUCCAGCAGCAAUAACUCUACAGAGUUUGACGACCCAGCUCUCAUCCAAAACAUUGAGAAGAACCAUCCUACAUCUCCUCAAAUCUGUGAGUUCCUGACAAUGAUGGCAGUGUGCCACACAGUGGUCCCAGAGCGAGAGGAAAACCAGAUAAUUUACCAAGCCUCUUCGCCAGAUGAAGGAGCGCUGGUCAAAGGGGCCAAAGGACUUGGCUUUGUUUUCACUGCAAGAACUCCAGAUUCAGUCAUAAUCGAAGCUAGAGGAAAAGAGAUGAGCUAUGAGCUGCUGAAUGUGCUGGAGUUUUCCAGUAACCGCAAACGUAUGUCCGUGGUGGUCAGAACCCCCGACGGGAAACUACGGCUGUACUGCAAAGGAGCUGAUAAUGUCAUUUUUGAACGUCUGACUGAGACGUCCCAGUACAAAGAAUUAACUGUUGCUCAUCUGGAACAGUUUGCUACUGAAGGCCUGAGGACUCUGUGUUUUGCCUAUGUGGACCUGGAGGAAGACGCCUACCAGGAGUGGCUGAAGGAGUACAAUCGUGUCAGCACUGUGCUCAAAGACCGCGCUCAGAAACUUGAGGAGUGUUAUGAACUACUGGAAAAGAACUUAAUGCUGUUGGGCGCCACAGCCAUAGAGGACCGUCUCCAGGCCGGUGUGCCAGAGACCAUCGCCACUCUGAUGAGGGCUGACAUCAAGAUCUGGGUCCUCACUGGAGACAAGCAAGAGACGGCCAUUAACAUAGGUUACUCCUGUCGUCUGGUGACACACGGCAUGUCCCUCAUCAUCGUCAACGAGGACUCUCUGGACGCUACCCGUGCUAAACUGACGGCUCACUGUUCGUCCCUGGGCGACUCUCUGCGGAAGGAAAAUGAGCUGGCGCUGAUCAUCGAUGGGCAGACGCUGAAAUAUGCACUGUCCUUCGAGCUCCGCCAGGCCUUCCUUGACUUGGCAUUGUCCUGCAAGGCUGUCAUCUGCUGCCGAGUGUCGCCGCUGCAGAAGUCAGAGAUUGUGGAUAUGGUGAAGAAACACGUGAAGGCCAUCACGCUGGCGAUAGGCGACGGCGCGAACGACGUGGGCAUGAUCCAGACGGCUCACGUCGGCGUGGGGAUCAGCGGCAACGAGGGCAUGCAGGCCACCAACUCUUCUGACUACUCCAUAGCACAGUUCUCCUACUUAGAGAAGCUGCUAUUGGUCCACGGGGCGUGGAGCUACAACCGUGUCACCAAGUGCAUCCUCUACUGUUUCUAUAAGAAUGUAGUCCUAUACAUUAUAGAGCUCUGGUUUGCCUUUGUGAACGGGUUCUCUGGCCAGAUCCUUUUUGAGCGGUGGUGUAUAGGCCUCUACAAUGUGAUAUUUACUGCACUGCCUCCGUUCACUCUGGGGAUAUUCGACCGGCCUUGCAGCCAGCAGAACAUGCUCCGUUUCCCACAGCUCUACAGAAUCACCCAGAAUGCCGAGGGCUUCAACACCAAGGUGUUUUGGGGUCACUGUAUCAAUGCACUGAUUCAUUCAAUUAUUCUCUUUUGGUUUCCGCUCAAAAUGUUAGAGCAUGACUCUCCCUUCAGUGACGGGCAGGGAAAUGACUACCUGUUUGCUGGGAAUAUGGUCUACACAUAUGUGGUAGUUACAGUAUGUCUUAAAGCUGGAAUGGAGACCACCGCUUGGACCAGGUUUUCCCACCUGGCGGUGUGGGGAAGCAUGAUUCUCUGGAUGGUCUUCUUCGCUGUCUACUCCGCCAUCUGGCCCACCAUCCCCAUCGCCCCCGACAUGCUGGGCCAGGCUGGCAAGGUGAUGCAGUGCUGGCACUUCUGGCUAGGUCUGGUCCUGGUGCCUACUGCGUGUUUACUCAAAGACUUCGCUUGGACGGCCACACGUCGCACUGUGAGGAAGUCUCUUCUGGAGGAGGUGCAGGAGUUGGAGGCUCGGGCCGUCGAUCCCGGGGCAGCUGUACUUAGAGAUGCCAGUGGCCGCAGUCUAAACGAACGGGCCCAUCUGCUGACAAGAGUCUUUAGGAAAACACCUUCAAGCGUAGGACGCUCGAACUCGGUGCAGCAGACUGUGUCACACGGUUAUGCCUUCUCUCAGGAGGAGCACGGCGUGGUGUCCCAAUCCCAGGUAGUGCGCUCCUAUGACACCACCCGCCAACGCCCCAGCCUCUAGCCCCACCCCUGACCAAGGCUUCAGCUCACCGUAGCAACAGUUGUCAAAGGCGACAGCGGAGACAGACUCAUGUGACACCCUCACGCCGGGUGACAGACCCCCUGCUGUGGCCUUACUAUGAACUAUGACCUGACCCCUCGCCACGGGAGGCGGGGGGUCACGGUCAAGCGUGGAGGCCGUUGAUGGGUCACGGAGGACUGACUUGAGAGAAAAAGGCAUCAGUCCGACUUUACGGAAUAAACAUUGUUCAAACUCACACGAGCUGCACAAGCAUGAGCGAUCGUAUCCACGCACAGACAUGACGAGUCAAACUCGGAGACUGCUACUCAUAUCUGUAUACCCCACAGACUGGGUUUGCUUCAUGCCCACUGUGUGUUUAUGUGUGUGUACGUGUGGGUGUGCGUGCGUGCAUUCCAGUGCGUCUGUAUCUGCCUGUGCAUGUAUGUCUGCACGCACCGGCACUCCUGUUGUUUGUGUGCAUGUGUGUGUCUGCCCGUGUGUGCGUUAGCUUCCACUCGUUCCCUCUCCUCUCUCCUGUGAGGUGGGUUUUAGCUGAUCUGUCAUCACAUGCCGACGUGGGAUGGGGAGAGGACGUCAAAAUAAACACACACACACAUGCGCUGACGAAUUCCUUUUUAAAAACUGCGAGGGAGGGGAAGCAGACACCAUGCACCGCCGGAGCUCUAUACCACCUCCAACCACCCUUCCCCAUCUUUGUCCCCCAUCCAUCGCAGCACCAAGCCUCACUGCCAAACGCCACAGAGAUGCCACUGAGGCAGAACGCUCAAGCCAAACUGGACCGCCACCCUGCUGCAAACCCCACUGGGGAUCUCCUCUUUGCUUAUCUCUUCCCUCCUAUCAUCUCCAUCCCCUAGCCGCUCUGCAGCCUCCACGUCUCUCCACCUCUGCGGCACAUCACUCUCGUCGUCAACAACAACAACAACAAAAAAAAAACCUCCACUAUGUUUCCUGUUGUUUCUGACCGCUCGUGUGUUCCCGAUGCCGCCUGUCUAGCAUCGUCAGCUCACGUAGAAGCAGCAAGCCUGGCGUUAGAGCUUCCUCCUUCAGUUCUGUGGGUUUUCCACUCUUUACUGGACUGUUUUUUUCUCUUUCUUUUUUUUAUUAAAGUGGACAUCAAUGUGUACGUGUUAAUUUUUCUUUUUCUCUUUUCAUUAAUGUCUGUUUUUGUACUCAUAUGUGGAGACAUGUCUUAGAGGGAAUAUUUUACUUGAACCUAGUGCUAAUAGGCAUCCAAACAGAAAGGGAUCUGAUUGAGACACUCGCCUGGAUCAUGUGUUUUUCUGGCUCUGGGAUUUGUCUGAAUGUAGAGUCUAUUGUCUGUGUGCUCUGUGUUGAGGACACUCUGGUUCAGGAAUGCAAGACUGAAAGGGUGGGAGAGGGAGGUUGUCCAUCUGAGUCCUAAUCAUUAAAUCUAAUCAAUCCAUGGCCUGA